GCGAGAAGUUAUUGGAAAAUAUUGGUUGGCCAGAUUUUGCUGUCUUGUGUUGGCGAUGUGAUGCAAUGCUAGGCCUAACCGGCCUUUCCAAAGUCCAACGGUUCAUUCUUGGCAUCGUUGUUCUGCUUUUUGUGGACUUGUUGAGAGUGGUGUCUUCAGAACUGACUCAGUACAUCUUUAAUGAUGUGAGCUUUGACAAGCCAUUCUUCACAACUUACCUGAAGACGACAAUGUUCAUGUUGUACCUGCUUGGAUUUUUGUUAUGGCGGCCGUGGAGAAGACAAUGUCGAAAAGGGGCUUUGGUGAUUCCACCACAUAAGGUUGAAGACAUCGAUUCCGGGGGAGAAUCAGAAAGCUAUCUGAGUGAACCGAUUUAUGUUCCGAUCAAAGUGGAGAAGACGAGUGGUACAGAGUCUGAAGAUGGCUCAGUGGAGGACAGUAGAUCAGUGCGAUUCAGCAACCUGUCCGAAGUCCGUCAGUGUCCAGACAAAUUUGCGGAGGAUGCGUUGAUAGCACGACUGUCCUACACUGCGUCUUUACGGGCAGAGGAAGCUAGAUUUAGAUCGCUAAGCAAACUCAGCGUCAAGGAGGUUGCCAAGCUCAGCUUUAUCUUCUGUAUAUUGUGGUUUUUCGCAAACCUUGCCUACCAGGAGGCGCUUCACGAUUCCCAGGCGGGCAUGGUCAAUGUGCUUUCAUCCACGUCAGGGUUUUUUACGCUUAUCCUGGCAGCCAUUUACCCAACAUCCAAUGCGGACAAAUUCACAUUGUCCAAGCUGGUAGCAGUGUUGGUUAGUAUUGCAGGAGUCAUUCUGGUCAGUCUAUCAGACAAGCAGUUCAGUGAGCUGGAUAUCCCCGUGGGCGCUCUCUGGGCGCUGCUAGGGGCCAUGUUGUACGCGUUUUACUUGGUUGUUCUCAGGAGGAAGGUCGACCAUGAAGACAAGAUUGAUAUACCUAUGUUUUUUGGUUUUGUAGGCUUGUUCAAUGCCUUGCUAAUCUGGCCAGGCUUUUUGAUUCUCCACUACACGAAGACCGAAGAGUUCCAGUGGCCUAGCAAGCAACAGUGGCUUUACGUCUGUGUCAAUGGCAUGGUGGGAAUGGUCGUGUCAGAAUUACUCUGGGUCUGGGGCUGUUUUCUGACCACGUCACUUGUUGCCACUUUGGGGCUAAGCUUAACCAUUCCUCUCAAUAUGGCCGCUGAUGUUUUCAUGAAGAAUGUUGCCCACUCGUGGAUGUUUUACGUAGGCAGUGUUCCUAUUUUCCUGUCAUUUUUUGCCGUGAGCUUCUUAUCACAUUUUGAUGGAUGGGACCCUGUGUUGUUAGCGCUGAAAAAACUGCUACAUUGUGUUUGUCGUCUGGUAACUUUACCCAGGGUCCAUGUCUGGGAAUUGGACCGUGAGCAGUCGGAGAGUCUGAUUGGUGUAGACAGCACAGACGGAAGCCUCCAUACCACAUGAGACUGUUCCACAGCAGCUGUAACCAUGGCUACACUGGCUGUCAAGGGAAAUGCUCUAGAAAACUUGUGCUCCUAAUACUCUUGUCUAUGGUAGCAAAGACCCUGUUCAUUGUUCUGACACUACCUGGUAACCUUUGUGAGUCAGUCUUUAUUAGUU